AUGAACAGUCAUCGCAAAUUAACACUUUCUGAAUAUCAAACAAAAUUUAGACAAAUCCAAGAACACAGAAGUCCUAAGUCAAAUAAAUUUCAUACACCAUAACAAAAGAUCAAUUAACCUUCACCAAGAACGCAAAUCGUUUUGAAAAUACAGGAGCCUCUACUAUUUUCGGAUAGAUCCACAUCUACUUAUUAAAAUAUAAAUCUUCCUGUCCCUUCUAAAAUGUCAAAAUUUUCUAAACUUAAAACUUUGGGUGAAGAGUCAAAACAAUAUGAAACUUUAUCUUAACAUUAGACAGUUGAAUAGAAAACUCCAAAGCAAGAAGGGAUAGAAAAAUUAAGGAUAUAAUUGAAUGAAUAAUUUUUAAAAGAAAGCUCCUGUAAUAGAGCAGGAGCUUGUCUCUAAUUUCUUGAACCUAAUUUAGUCCAUAAUCUAUGUAAAAAUAUCAAAUAAAUUUUAGUAAACCUAUCACCUAAAGUUAAGAUAAAUUCAGACCUUCGUGCAUCGGUUUCUUCAAAAGAUUAAAAUGGUAACACAGCACUUCAUUUUGCUGCUAGAAAUGGGAAUAAACGUCUUGUAUAAGCAUUACUGUACAAAGAUAUUCAAUUAGAAGAAUAGAAUGAAGAAUAAAUGACACCAUUACUUUUGAGUGCUUAUUAGUACUAUAUUUAUAUAAAUUAACAUAGUGGAAAAUCGGAAACUUUUUAAAUAUUAGUUAAUGUUGGAGCCAAUAUCAAUCAUCAAGACAUUUAUGGAAAUACUGCUCUUCAUUAUGCUUGUAAGUUUAAUUUUAAAUCUAUUGUGGAAUUUUUACUUUAAAAAUAACAUCUUGUCUAAAUGUAAAAUUUAGAAUAAAAAUAUCCUGAUUAUUAUAUUGAGGAUUCAGAAAUUGCUUAGAUCUUUGAUGAAUAUAGAGAAUAUUAAAAAAGUAUAUCUAUCAAUAUAUAUUUUAGAAAAACAAACUAAAGAAAUAACAAUUUAAACAACUUAAACAGAAACCAUAUUAAAAAUGUUUUAAAGAAAAAAUGUAAAAUAAAUAAAGAAUUAAAUUUAAAUAAGUAGGUCUUAAAACCAUAUGGAUAAAAUGUAAAUACCAUAUCCUAAAAUAAAACAAUUAUAAAUUAAAUUAAAAUAACUUGAAUAAUUUAAAACUCAAAUGUAAGGAUUAAAAAGAUAAAAAACAUUUUCAACAAAUUAUUCUGAAUCUAAUAAAAAUUUGAAAGAGGAAGAAGAAAUAUCUUUAUCUUAAUUUUAGAUAAUAGGUUUAAUUGGCAAAGGUAGUUUUGGUUAAGUAUAUCUUGUAUAAAAAUAAAACUAAUUUUAUGCAAUGAAGGUAUUAGAUAAAAAAAUGAUUUUAAGUAAGUGUAAAUAAUAUAAUUAGAACAUAAUUUAUAUCGUUAUGCAUAAACAGAAAGAAAUGUGCUAUCAGUAACUUCACAUCCUUUUAUAGUAAAGUUAAGAUAUGCUUUUUAAACAUUAGAUAAAUUGAUAAUGAUUUUAGACUUUUGUCCAGGAGGAGAUAUGGGAUAACUUUUGGAAGAGAAGAAAAGACUUCCAGAAGAUUAAGUCAAAAAUUAUAUUUGUGAAUUAAUUUUAGCUUUGGAAGAUUUACAUUAAAGAGAUAUUAUUUAUAGAGAUUUAAAACCAGAAAAUAUAGUAAUAGAUGCAGAUGGACAUGCAAUGCUGACUGAUUUUGGACUUUCAAAGGAAGGAAUAUAUGAUGCUGAUUAAGGAGCAAAAUCAUUUUGUGGAUCAGUUGCUUAUUUAGCUCCUGAAAUGCUUAAACGAUAAGGACAUGGAAAAGCAGUAGAUUGGUAUUUACUUGGAGUAGUUAUGUAUGAACUUUUAGUUGGAGUACCACCUUAUUAUGAUAAUGAAAAAGAGUAGCUAUUUCAUAAUAUUGAAAAUGCUGUUCUUCAAAUACCUUAAUUUAUUUCUGCUGAAGGUAGAAACUUGAUUAAAUCUGUAAUUAUUAUAUUCAUUUUAUAGCUUCUUUAAAGAAAUCCUAUCAAACGAUUAGGAUCAGGAAUAGGUGAUUCUAAAGAAAUCAUGCAUCAUCCUUAUUUUUCAGAUGUUGAUUGGGAGAAGGUUUAAAAUAAAGAAUUGGAACUUCCUAAACCAACAAAAAAGAUUAAGAUUAAUACAUAAGCUAUUCAAAAUAUAUUUUAAACAGAACAUUUAGAACCAUCAUCUCAUAUUCAUGGUUGGUCUUAUGUUCAUACAGAAUUUUGA